AUGGAUCUUCCCUCGCGGCCCCCGUGCCGAGUUAUCAUUAUUGGCGGGGGGGUGUCGGGGAUAGCGAUGGCAUGCCAGCUCAAAAGCGUCUACAACUUGGAGGACUAUUGUAUAUAUGACCGGCAGGCGGGACUCGGGGGGUGCUGGUGGGCGAAUACAUAUCCCGGGUGUGCAGUCGAUAUCCCUGGCUUCUGCUACAGUUUCUCGUUCGCCCCAAAUCCGGACUUUACUCAGACUUUCCCUCCCCAAGCCGAGAUCCUGCACUACCUGUCCACUGUCGCCACGCAGUAUGGCGUGGAUCAGCACUUCAUGGGGCAAGUCGAGUGGACCGGCGCGACUUGGCAAGAGAAGACGCAGACUUGGGUUGUGUCAUUUAGGGACCUUGAAACCAAGCAGUGGUUUGUGCAGGAAUGCCAGAUCCUCGUCUCUGCAGUUGGAGGUCUGGUCAAUCCGCAGGAACUCAAGGUGCCUGGCGCCGAGCGCUUCCAAGGACAUAUCAUCCAUACCGCGCGGUGGGACCACGGAGUAGAUCUCACUGAUAAACGUGUAGCGGUCAUUGGCAAUGGAGCAUCCGCUGCCCAGUUGGUGCCAGCCAUUAUCCACCAGGCCAAAUCAGUGACGCAGUUUAUGAGGACACCACAUCAUAUUGUCAAGGCCACCAAUCACCAAAUCUCCCCCGGAUGGAGGGAGACAUUCCGCCGCGUUCCACUCCUGCUCUACCUGAUCCGUCUGGCCUUAUUUCUGUACAUGGAGAUCACAUGGUUCCGCUUUCAAAACAAUCGACUGGGGAGAAUCGGCCGUGCAUCCGUGGAGAAGAAGAGCCGCGAGUAUGUCGAGAGCACAGCACCUGAGGUAUACUGGGGCUCGUUAAUACCAGAGUACGAAUUUGGAUGCAAGAGACGCAUCUUCGACCGCGGAUACCUGGCCACCCUGCAUGAGAGUAAUAUGCGUCUAACCGAAGACCCCAUUGCCGAAAUCACAUCAAACUCCAUCAUCACGCGGUCUGGUGAAGAGAUGUCCGUGGAUGCAAUUCUGCUUGCCAAUGGGUUUGCACUCAGCCAGUACGAUGUCCGUAUACAAGGCCGCCAGGGCAAGACGCGGGAACAACACUGGAAACAACACGGCCACAAGACGACGUUCAAGACAAUCGCCAUGCAUGGCUUCCCUAACUUCUUCUACAUCCUGGGUCCGAACUCCGGCCGGUUAUAUACGUCGACCAUUCAGAUCAUUGAGAGUGGAAAUGGUUACCGGCAUCAUCAAGCCCAUCCUGCUGCAUCGAGCUUCCUCGGUCGAGGUCAAAGCCAACAGCGAGCGGGAAUUCGACGUGCAGCUCCAUCAGGCCAUUGA